UAUAUGUGUGUCCAUUUUUCUCCGUUUUCGAUGUCUUUUAACAUUUACGGUUCGGGUUACUCUUCGAGUUCGAACUCGAAGGAAGUAGCGUCGGUGCUUUUGCAGCUGAUCUAGUACCGAGAGUAGAUUCGUGUUGUGUAGAGAGAGCGGCGAGCAGCAUAUUCAUGAAGGGCUGCCGGGGGUCGUAAGGCCCAAUGAAAGCAGCUAUCAUGGGAGCUACUCGGCUCUCCUGCUCGUUUCUUGCAGGUCGUGUUGCUUCAGAGGUGGGGGGUUCUGGUGGAAAUUUUUUGAAGAGCGCAACAGCAGCACGAUAUAAUUCGGCCUGGACGAGCUGGACCUCCGCUUUGGCUGCUCUACUCUUCUACUUCAGCGUUUUAUUUACCGAAACUCGGGCACUGGACGGGCAUUUCUGUUGGGUUAUUCAGGGAAAAUUUGUCACCGUCACCGUUUUGGCAUAUUCAUUUUCCGACCCAAAAAAAUUGAUUUUUUCCUGAUAUCCCACACAUGCCCAUAUUGAUCAGUUGUUGCAAAUGUGGCCCGCGAGGCAUUACACUUCGAGCAUGGUGGCCCGUGUAGUUGAACGCAAUCCAGAAGCGCCCCGGAAUGGCUUUGCCGUCGUACAGACCAAAGACGCGGCUCCAGAAGGUCCGUUGCGAGGAGGCUGGCUGCUGGCGCAUAGGGGCUCGACCCUUGCUGGGGGGCCUUCUCCAUGGUGCGGCUUGCGAUGUUGGGUUGCUCCUGGGAAUGUCGGGCCCUUGUCACUCCUUGACGAAAGGCCUCCGGCAAAGGACCUCCAGAACCCAGAAAAAAGCAGCAAAAUUUUAAGCAAAUUUAACGACCACCUGGUGACAAAUCCCAGAAAUUUUACAUUUUGCACGGUAUGGUGGACGUUUCCGAGCCAGAUUUGUUACUGGUGACAAAUCAGCAAAUUCUUGCAUUUUGCAAGGUAUGGUGGACGAUUGCGCACGGACCAAAAAUUCUUGCAGCUGCAAGAAUUUUUGAUCAGUGCGCAAUCGUCCACCAUACCGCGCAAAAUGCAAAAUUUCUGGCAUUUGUCACCAGUUCCGAUUUUGGGCUCCCAGAGUCCACCAUACCGUGCAAAAUGCACGAUUUUCGAGAUUUGUCACCAGGUCGUCGGUUAAUUUGCUCAAAAAAUUGCCUUUUUUUCACGGGUAGUGGAGGUCCUUUGCUGAAGGUCUUUCGUCAAGGAGUAAGAUGUGCCCGAGAUGCUAAGGGGCAACCCAGCAAGACCAGCCACAGUAUUCCGAUCCUCCGCGGACGGAAAUCUGGUUGCUCUAGUGUCAGUAGACAGCCUCCCAGCCAAGGACCUUCUGGAGCAGCGGCUUUGGCCUGUAUAACGGCAGCGCCGUUCUGGGAUAUUUCGGGACUACCUUCAGCGAGCUAGGUCAGCGCGCUUGAAACGCAGUAGCUAGCUUGCCGCAGUUGCAACAUGUGGCAGACACGGACACGCAUACAAAGCCAGCAGAAAUUCAAAUUUUUUUGCUCAAAAAAUGAAUAUGCCAAAACGGUGACGGUGACAAAUUUUCCCUGAAUAUGGGUGGGAGGAGUAUCGUGGUCUGACUGCUGCUAUCCUGUGCAAAAGUAUCGUACUCGUAGUAAUCGCAUUUAUGCAUUACAAAUCUUUUUCUAAACGCAAAUCCGCAUUACAAACUUAAUCUGUAAUGCUGAGCCAAUUUGUAAUGCAUUUAUACGAAUACGAUACUUUUGCAGUUCAUAGCUGCGACACGGGUGGCGCGUUCGGGAACGAAGCGUGUUGGACCGGGGAGUUCACGUUCGAGCGAUGUUGCGACCGCCAGAUGCAGGGUCUGGAGGACGAGUGGGGACCGAAGCUGCUGCAGAAUCUGAAGACGACGUUAUCCUGAGUAAAAACGUACCCACACCAGAGUCAGGAUGGGGAUUUUGCAACACAAACCUAGGAGCUUUGUAAGUCACGCAUGACAAGUUGCACUAUGCAGUGUAGUGCAGGUUAGCAAGUGCAGCCGCGUCACAGAUUCAUCUGCUCAUCCUGUUCACAGCAUCACAAAUUUCAAAACACGAUUGGAAAUGGCUCUCAUGGAGAUGCGCAUUACAAGUCUUCCUGUCUUUGCAAAUCUGCAUUACAACUCUGGUGUGGGUACGUUUUUACUCAGGAUAGACGUCGCACGAGGAGAUGGAGGAGAGCCUGCGGAAAUCACUGACCGUGGUGGAGUAUGCAUUGCAAAAGUAUCGUACUCGUACUAAUUGCAGAUAUGCAUGACAAAUCUAGCUGUUAAGGUAAAUCAGCAUUACAAAUUUAGGUUUGUAAUGCUGAGCUAAUUUGUAUUGCGAUUUAUACUAGUGCGAUACUUUUGCACAGGAUAUGGAGAACCGCACCAUGAGUGCGCACAGUAGCGCGCUCUUCCUGGUCUUGCUGCUGCGUCUGCAACAGCGAUUCGCGGAGGCGGAAGAGCUGCAGCACCAAAUCCCGCAACUGCAGCUGUCCGUGAAUUCCGCCACCGGCGUGUGGGAAGGGAGCAGCAGCGUCGGGUACCACAUGCACGACGUCGAUUUGGUGCACACCGGUUUGAUAUCCUGUGCAAAAGCAUCGUACUCGUAUAAAUGCAUUACAAAUUUGCUCGGCAUGAGAAAUAAAAUUUGUAAUGCGGAUUUAGCUUCAGAAGAAAAAUUUGUCAUGCGUGAUUGCAAUUACUACGAGUACGGUGCUUUUGCAUUGCAUAUUUGAUGCCUUUACUGCAAAAAUACAACGCCCGUUCCGUGCUGGACCUGGGCUGCGGUGUGGGCUACUACGUCCGCGACUUCCGGACCAAGUACAGGUCCGCCAGUCAGGCGCCAUUGGACCUCGUGCUCGGCGUGGACGGCAACCCCGAUACGGUGGAGAUUACCGACGGGCGGUGCACCGUGGGCGACUUGUCGAAAAAGCUGGACCUCGGCUUUCGCUUUGACGUGGUGAUGUCCCUGGAAGUGGCCGAACACAUUCCCCCGGAGUACGAGCAGACGUUUGUAGCGAAUUUGCUGCGACACAGCGGACACCUGCUGGUGUUGUCUUGGGGCAACCAGCCGGGGCACGGCCACGUCAACAACAAGGCAUCGGGGGAAGUUCGAAGCGUCUUCACCGCACACGGCUUUCUUUUCGACGAGGAAGAGAGUCGCAGGCUUCGCACAGCCGCAAACUUUCCCUGGUUCCAGGAAACCCUGCAUGUCUUCCGAAGAAUAUACAACACAACGAGUGCCGCGGGCGGGGCUGGUCAUGUUGGUAGGAGUACAGAACCCGGCAAGACGCGGAAAUAAUCCUUUUGCCGAUUGAGAUUGUAAAAGAAAAAUGUGUAGCUGCUGAUAUGCUAGCUAGCAGCUAGUACAGCGUUGCGCGUGCUGUUGCUUGUUCCGGACAGCAUUAAAAUCGACAGAAGUGCUAGUGCUCGCACAUGCAGUGGCAUUUUCGCAGCGCUAACCCAAACUCUUUCUCUUUGCAAAACGCAACAUAUGCAACGCGGGAACCUUUUCAAUGAGCUAGUCGCUUGCGCUGAUGGUGAUGUUAAAGAGAAUGCAGUGGUGGCUCGCGCCGAAAAAUACACGAGGAUGAGGAUCAAGAAGGGUCUUUGACUCCGGUGAAAUGUAGUUUUACGGAAAUGUCAAUUGAGGGAUAAUAUAGGAGAGACUUCAUCACUUUUGCUGAUCGCCAUGAUUGAUGGGUGGCUGGCGCAAACCGAAAUCAGGAGAGCAGAAGAAUGUUACAAGCGACUGUAGGCUUAUGCGCUAGAACCAAGUGUGAGUGUCUAAUAAGCAAAAGCAAACACAUAGCUGCUCCACCUCCUGUGUGAUAAUAGACACACAGCACGAACAAAUUAUGCCUCGUGUGACGACGUCUCAGAUCGAAGCGAGCUUGCGUGGCCUGGGACUGGCCCUGCCGUCUCCCGCCGCACCCGCCGCUAACUACAUUCCUUACUCACGGAACGCCGGGCCACUUCAGCUCGUCUGAGAUCCCAAAAAGAUCCUAUCAAGAUCCUGGCCGCUGGGCUACUUCCGCGCCCCGAAAUUACGAAUCAGGCCCAAUGUUUUGGCCUUCGCUUUGCCUCCUUUGUAUAGCAAAUUCGCGCGGCCUUUUCUGGGCGUGUCGCAUAGCUGCCGAGCCUAUCCCGAGAGCGGCCCUGUUUGGGAAGCGCGAUUCUUUUUCCUCUUGCGGGGGUAUGUCGGUACUUUACGGCCACGCAAAACUUGGCGCGGGCCAGCCGUUAGGGAACGCGCCGCCCGCCGCGGCCAGCAUGUCCUUUUGCCCCCCCUGUCUGGUGUGCUUCUGUAGUUUUUUCGUGGUAGUCUUGGCCAUUGGGAAGGGGGUGGCGCAGAGGUGUUUCGACUGCAGGCAUUCUGUUUGCCCAGCAUCCGGGAGCGCGCAGAGAGGCGAUGGCCUUUGGCGCGAUGCGGUGGGUGCCAAGUGUUUUGCUUCUUGGGGUCGCGGGGAUCGGCAGGCCAACCCUGCAGAAAGCAUGUCAAGCAAGGGUGGGAGUUGUCUCCCCGCGGCACAAUUUUCGUACUCAGGAGCAUUUCCCAGUGGAAUUCGGCCGGGCAUGGGGCCACUUUCCGGAGUUCAUGGCCGCCGCCUCCAUUUUCAAAAGUUCCGAUCAAAUGCCGAUCAAGGUCCUCUCACAUGCCUCUUUUUUUGCGCCGCCAAAUCCAUAGAUUCUAGUCGGGGGAGAGGCCAGGAGAAGCGGCAAAAAAAGUGUCCUCUGGACAGGAUCUUGAUCGGAACUUGAUCGGAACUUUAUCGGAUCUUGAACGGAACUUUUUAGGAACUUUUUUCUCGCCUCUGAUGCUUUUGCCAUACCGCCGUGAUUGGAGACUUUGAACCUUGGUCGGAUCCUUAGUCGGAUCCUUUGUUCGGGGUUGCAGAAGUGGCCUUUCUACCCUUGAAGCCCGUGCUUUUUCUUUGAUUUAACAAAUUCAGCGGGUUCGUUUUUGAAUCAAAAAAAAAACUCGCUUUGGGGCUAAUGCGCCGUCUUUUGGUGGACCAUUUCCGACCUGGCCUUGCCCUCGGGCUCGGGUAUUUCUGGGCCAUGGAAGCGGGAUGGACCCUGCGGACGGGGGCAUGCAAUUCCGUCCAUUGCCGGGCCCCAGAUUGUUCCGCGUGGCGCCAGGGCUUUUACAACCGCGCGACCACUCGUUCGCCCUUGUUGGGCGUGGUUAUUCGUCACUGCCAGCAAGCUAGCACCUGCGGCACCGCCCGUGGGGCGUCUGGCCCUUUCUCACAUCCACCAUGCCAUCGUGUAACGCGCGUUACGCGAGCGGUCUAUGCUUCCCGUUCGUCUGCAAGUUGUGGCAGAGGCUACAGAGGGGCGGGCGCUCCGAAUCUUUCCGACCCCUCCCCCUGGAGUGUCGAGGGUGAUCUUUCCAGGAUCUUAAUGGGACCUCAGGGCGUCGACUGUGGCCCGCCGCACCCGCCGCUAACUACAUUCCGUUGACCGUUACUGUUGUCGAGGCAAAACCUUUAUCCCGCGGGGUAAGGGAAUGGGUUGUCAGAGGGGCCUCUCUUCCUCCGUCAGCGGGGUUGUCAGGUUUUUGCGGUCUGACGACCUACGUUCGCACGUUCGGCCCGUUGUUGUCUCCGACGGUUUCGAGUUAUAAAAGUUAUGGUUUGUGUGAUAAGGAGGCGGAACGGGCCUAGCGAAGCGGCCCGGGUUGCCGACGCCGGAACACAAAGCGGAUUUUUAUAAAGAGACACCCCCUUCCUACCGGUCGCUGUUGUUGUGGUCCCGGGAAGACCUAAAACUCGACCCAAAGAAUUCAAAUCGGUUCAAGUUUCAAGUAAAAAUUUUUCCCGCCCUUCCCUCCCUUUAUUUCUCGUUACUGUUGUCGGUACAAACCCCUUAUCCCGCGGGGUAAGGGAGUGGGUUGUCAGGUUUUUGCGGUCUGACGACCUACGUUCGCACGUUCGGCCCGUUGUUGUCUCCGACGGUUUCGAGUUAUAAAAUAAAACAUGACAUAGCAGCUCUUCCUGUCCCUGUGUAAUAUUAGAUACAUA